AUGCUUCGCCGUUUCAUCAACUCCAUCUACCCCUCCCAAAAGCGCUACAAAAUAUGUUUCGUUGGUCUUGGGUAUACAGGAAAAACCACUCUUCUCUACCAACUCAAAUUAGGACUAGUUGGAGCCACGAUACCGACGAUCGGGUUCAAUGUAGAAGAGGUCGAUAUUCCCGGCACAUCGCUCAGCACGGUCUGUUGGGAUUUAGGUCUGGGAUGUGCGGACAUCAGGGUGAUGAUAAGGAUGCUAAAGUCGGUGGUGGACACCUGCGACGCUGCGGUUUGGCUUGUGGAUUGUAAGACAGUCAAGGAUGAGUUGGACGAAUCUUUGAAAGCCUUUCAAGACCUGUUCACGUCGAACCCGGAUAGCCCUUUGGCUUCUAUGCCUACUCUCCUGAGAUAUCAGUAUGUGCUGAUUAUGCUUACUAUAAUCUGCCCACAGUUUGGCAACGAAGGUUGA